GGCAAAACAGUCAUUAGAAGAAGAAGAUUAUUAUCGACAUUUUCCCACAUCUAUUAAAAUUUUUAAUAGAUUUGUUUAAAUUUUAAUUUUUAUACAAACAAUAUGAAAGAACGAGAUCUGAAGCGUGCCUACAACAAUGUCCUGGCCCAGGCCAUCUCCUCGUCUCAUCAGUACCUGUUUGCCGGGAAUCUCUUUGGCGAUAUCUUUGUGUUGCGCCUGAAGGAACUUGACCAGAGCUCUGAGGAGCCACCCGGCAAACUGAAGUUGUUUCCCCAAGGAGGCCAUGUGGACAUCAACUGCCUGGCCUUCCACGGCAACUUCCUCAUCGUGGGUGCCGUGGGCCUGAUUUACGGACUACUGUGGAACGAGAAGGAGGAAACUCUGGGGCCGAAACGGAGCUGGGAGAUCAAGAUUCCCAUGCAGGUGGAUUCCGUCGAGGUACCCGAUGUUAACUUCAUAUGGCUGAACCACGACACGAACACCCUGUUCGCCGGCUGUGGCGAUGGGGUUAUCUACCAAGUGAGCCUGGAGGACGGACGCAUCCAGCGGGAGUACCGUGGCCAUACCGACUAUGUGCACAGUGUGGUAGGCAACGAAGCGGGACAGAUCUUCUCUGGCGCCGAGGAUGGUACUGUGCGCAUUUGGAGCACGACGCAACAGGAGGCCACGGGGCUCCUGGAGCCAUAUAAAAACCCUAAAUUGUUGCGACCAGAUUGGGGAAAGUGGAUAGGCGCCGUGGCUGUAAACGAUGACUGGCUACUGUGCGGCGGCGGACCGAAGGCGUCGAUUUACCACCUACGCUCCAUGGAGUGCUCCCGGGUGUUCGACUUCCCCGGUCGUGUGCAUGUCUGCGAUUUCGUGGACGACUGCGUCUUCAUUGGUGGCGAGCACAACCACGUGCAAUCGUACACCCUGAACGGAACCCUGCAGGCCAACAUCCCGGUGGAGCACACCGCUUGCUACUCGACUGUUUGGCAGCCGGCGCCGAUAAAGUUGAUGUCCAUUGCCGGCUUUAGCAACAAGCUGCACAUCCUAAAAGACUUUCGCUUUCUGGAUAGCAAGAUCGAGUUGUAUGGUAAUAUUGUGGGUGAAGAGGAUAAGGCAGAUGCUGAGGACGAGGACCUAAAUGAGGAGCACCUUAUUAGUCAAGCAGCAUAAUGGUUUAAAUAUAUCUUUUGUAUUUUUAAGGAUUUUUAUAUUAAAGAUCAAAUUGCCCAUUUUUGCA